ACACACACACACACACACACAUCAAAAAUGAAAAAUCCCCCGGAAAUAUUACGUAAAUGAUAAAUUCAGGGGAGGGGAGGAGAAUUCGCCCAUGGCCUUCUUAAAGGAGACGACGUUGGUGUGAAGGAUGCUGAUAGGGAAACCGCCUGCCGGAAUUGAACUGCUCAGUGCUUUCAGGGGGUAGAAAUCUGCACCUUCUCUCCCCUUGCUUGUUCCUUGUCUGGCCUGGUUUCAGAAGAAGAAAAUUAGGUUUCAUGUUCUUGGUGAGACAGAGAAAGAGGCUGAGUUUGUUCCUUGGGAAAUUUUGUGUUGUCAUGGGUAACUGCUGGUUUAAAGGGAGUCCGUACUUCAACAGGGUUUCUUCCAAUGCGACAAAGUCAGGUACUGCUCAUGUUCUUCCUGAAUCUCCAAAAUUGCAGAGCCCGUCGGAGAGGAUCGAGAGGGACGAUAGCCUGCUGCCGUCCAACCCACAUGAGGUGGAGGCUCUGCGCAACGAUUCGGCUCGGAAGAACCCUCUGAUAGCAUUCACGUUCGAGGAGCUCAAGAGGAUGACCAAGAACUUCAGGCAGGACUCGGUGCUAGGGGGAGGUGGCUUUGGCCGGGUCUACAAAGGGUGCGUCACCAGUGAUCUUCGCGAAGGGCUAACGAUCCAGGAGCCGCUGCGAGUUGCGGUCAAGGUCCAUGAUGGAGACAACAGCUUCCAAGGCCACAGGGAGUGGCUGGCUGAGGUCAUUUUCCUUGGGCAGCUCUCACACCCAAAUCUCGUGAAGUUGGUCGGUUAUUGUUGCGAAGACAAUCACCGGGUUCUCGUUUACGAGUUGAUGCCCCUAGGGAGUGUUGAAUCGCAUCUGUUUUCGAGGGUAAUGCUGCCACUGCCAUGGUCCACCAGAAUGAAGAUCGCACUCGGUGCGGCAAGGGGGCUUGCAUUCCUGCACGAAGCUGAGAAGCCAGUCAUUUACAGGGAUUUCAAAACAUCCAACAUAUUGCUCGACGAGGAGUACAACGCGAAGCUCUCUGACUUCGGGCUGGCGAAGGACGGGCCGGUCGGGGACAAAUCACACGUCUCGACCCGCAUCAUGGGCACCUACGGCUACGCCGCCCCAGAGUACAUCAUGACAGGGCACCUGACGGCGAUGAGCGACGUGUACAGCUACGGGGUGGUGCUGCUGGAGCUGCUGACGGGGCGCAAGUCGCUGGACAGGUCAAGACCGGUGAGGGAGCAGACGCUGACGGACUGGGCCUUCCCGCUGCUGGCGCACAGGAAGAAGGUGCUGGGCAUCGUCGACCCCAGGCUCACCGCCGACGACUACCCCGUGAAGGCCGUGCACAAGACGGCCAUGCUCGCCUACCACUGCCUCAGCCGCAACCCCAAGGCCAGGCCGCUCAUGCGCGACAUCGUCGCCACCCUCGAGCCCCUGCAGCAGCAGCAGCAGCCGCAGCCGGAGCUGGUGGUGGAGGUGAGCCCGGCCAACGGCUCCGGUGGCAAUGACGGCGUGGGUGUUCGUUGAUCAGACAUAUGUAUGCUGACGUGUACGUUCUUUUCUGCAUAUAGUGAUGCUUGUGCGAAUUGUAUUUUAGCAGCUGCUACAUAGCUACUGACAGUGUUCUCUUGGUCGGCACACAGUGCUAAGGGUCUUUCUCUCUCUC